GUGUGUGGCGCCAUAGUGGAAAACACUGCGGUUCUCUCAGCCAGUCAGUCAGAGCCAGAAGCCCAUACACUCUGUCUCUCUCGUUCAUUCAGCGCAUGGCUCACUCUCUCUACGCUCAACACACGCUGAUCCUCGCCUCCUCACUGCAUCUGUCCUCCCUGAAGUGAGGUACCAUGCAUCCUGCUCUCUCCUCCUCCUCCUCCUCCUCCUCCUCCUCCUCCUCCUCCUCCUCCUCCUCCUCCUCCUCUCCGCUUGUCUGUUGCCAUUCAAGGGGACCGUAAAGCCUGUGUUACUGGCUCAAAGGACUUUGGAGACGGGACAAGGUUGUUUUGCCGGGUCCGAGGACAGCUGCUGGACACGCUGCAGUUGUUUCCGCUUUCUGUUGGGAUGCGGAUCUUCCCUGGGCAUCUGCUUGCUGAGUAACAACGCUUGAUUCCUCUGAAAGUUGCUGAAGGGCACGUCAAUCAAGAACCUCGUCCUUGUUUCUCAGAGAACGCUGAAGACUCGAUUCAGUGGAGUCAGACCGGCACAGGAUCCCCAUUGCAACCCUUCACACACUGACCAGGACUGCACUGCUGCUAUGAGCAAUCUUGAAGCAACAUCAGCGUGAGAGUCUUCUCCUUAAAGAAACUGAACAAUCUCAUGCUUCUGGUUUUUCUGCCUGUCCAGUUGAGAUUCAGCAGCACUAAGCAGAAGUGGCUUGGAUUACCGGCUUUCGAUUUAACAUAAGAACAACAAGGACUUUAUCUAGGUUCCACAGACGGAAUAAAAUACUGUUUAGUACUUUGAGGACAGCUCUCGUGGCCUUAGCUAACAGCCAUGCAGGUAUCCUUUGCAUGCACGGACCACGGGCUGAAGGCCCCGCGAAACGGCGAGCACAGCAAGCAGAACGCCAGCAGCCCCAACACAGCCAGCAAGGCCCGCGCCCGCUUCCGCACCGUGGCCCUGAUCGCCCGCAGCCUGAGCACCUUCACCCACCGCUACCACCAUAACCUCAAGGAGUCCACCGCCAAGCUCACAGGCAUGAAGUACCGGAACCUGGGGAAAUCUGGGUUGCGUGUCUCCUGUCUGGGGCUGGGCACAUGGGUAACAUUUGGAGGUCAGAUCUCUGAUGAGGUGGCAGAACAGCUGAUGACUAUCGCCUAUGAGAGCGGGGUCAACCUGUUUGACACAGCUGAAGUCUACUCUGGGGGGAAAGCAGAGAUAAUCCUUGGAAACAUCAUCAAGAAAAAAUGCUGGAGGAGAUCCAGCCUGGUUAUCACAACGAAGCUCUACUGGGGAGGAAAAGCAGAGACAGAAAGAGGCCUCAACAGAAAGCACAUCAUUGAAGGUUUAAAGGGCUCCCUCCAGAGGAUGCAACUUGACUAUGUGGAUGUGGUUUUCGCCAACCGGCCAGACAGCAACACUCCCAUGGAGGAGAUAGUGAGAGCAAUGACACAUGUGAUCAACCAGGGGAUGUCCAUGUACUGGGGGACGUCACGGUGGUCCGCCAUGGAGAUUAUGGAAGCAUACUCUGUGGCUAGGCAGUUCAAUCUAAUUCCACCAGUGUGUGAGCAGGCAGAGUAUCACUUCUUCCAGAGGGACAAGGUGGAAACUCAGCUGCCAGAGCUCUACCAUAAGAUAGGUGUGGGUGUAGUGUCCUGGUCACCUUUGGCCUGUGGUAUCAUCACUGGGAAGUACGAGAAUGGUGUCCCGGAAACCUCCAGGGCCUCAAUGAAGCCAUACCAGUGGUUGAAGGAGAAAGUAACGAGUGAGGACGGGAGAAAACAACAAGCCAAGCUAAAGGAACUGACUCCUAUCGCGGAGAAGCUCAGCUGUACUUUGCCACAGCUUGCCAUAGCCUGGUGCCUGAGGAACGAGGGAGUGAGCUCAGUGCUGCUGGGAUCCUCCAAUCCAACCCAGCUAACAGAGAACCUGGGAGCCAUUCUGGUAAUUCCAAAGAUGACACCAGGCAUUGCCACAGAAGUUGAUCAUAUACUGGGAAAUCGCCCUCACAGUAAAAAGGACUACCACCAUUAAAAUGGACCCUGUUUCAGUGAACUAUGCUCCUAAAAACGUAUCAAAGCUAUCAGCCAUGGCACUCUAAGUGCGUGCCCGACUUUGCUUGUGUGCGCGUAUGACUGUAUGUUUGAAUGUGUAAAGUGUUCUGCUUGGCUCCCUGUCUCUAAGAAGAUCAGCCAGUAUCAUUAUUGUAAAGUGAGCUACCUGACAUAACAUGCAUGCUACAUCUAUAGCAGUUGGCCCCUAGACUAGACAACAUUUACAAAAUCCUGCAACAUCAUUUCUGGAGUGAAAGCCUCAUCCGCUCCAACAAGCUGCUAGAACCAAAUUUAAAAUAGCAUAAAACUAGAUUAUGGAAAAUAGAUGGCUGCAACAAGCAUGUGCCAGUUACCAGCAAUCAUCAUUUUCUGAAUAAAGGGUGUCAUUGCAUUUAGAAAAGAAAACUUAAUAGGCACCUAUUGUACACAAACUAUCACUUAAGCUCAUGGCGGUGCAGUAUCAUAAAAAGAAUAAGGUGUUUCGAAAUGUACCCAAAUCUACCUUACUAGAUGUUUUUGAUGUGACGAAAAAAAUCAAUAAUUAAGUGUAAUUGGGGUUGUUUUCAGGCAAUUGGAUGAUAUGCCUACAUUUCAAACGCAGCUUGAGCUGUUCUUAUAGCAUUUUGAGUUAUGAGAGUAGGCUACUGGAUUAACUAAAGUUCUGCUCACAAUGUUGUUGCUGAUACAAAGAGAGCUAAGUUUAAAUAAAAUAUCUAUCAAAACAUCUGUACUGACUGUUAAAUAUAUUUUCCUAACUAAGCAGCUGUGCCAGAAUAACCUUUUCAUCUCUUUGCGAUGUAUUUUGUUUUGUUUUCACUGAUGCAAAAGUACAGCAAAGUGUACGUCCAUAUUGUGCCCCUCCAACUCAUUUUAAUUUGAACUGUGCCAGACUUUCUGUCGGUGAGGAGAUUAUCGGAUUAAUUUAAUUUCAGUGUUUGUUGUGGAUAAAACUUUUGCCAAGGUGAAGUUGAGUAGAUGAUCUUCCUGAGGGGGAGAUGGUGAAUUUAGCAAACAAAGCCAUGUAGCUGAUAAAGAGACUCAAAAACAUAUGGACCCCUGCAGUCAUUGCACCUGGAUCUCUUACCCAAUUUCUCACAGAUGCCAGUUUUACAUAAUGAAUUGUUCUUUGUUAUGUCAAACGUUUAUUUUGGUGUCCUUCAUAAGAUGUAUACAUACAUAUCAAGAGCGUAUAAUUGUCAUGUAAUAGGUUUUAGAAUAUAUAGUAAUUUUCUAUUAAUGUUAUGGAUGCCUUCUAACUUUCGCCCCUAACAAAUUUAAAUAACAAAGCUAGUCGUAGACUUCUUGUUUGCUGAGUUAUUGUAAACCGCAGUAAAAAAAAGAAAAUAACCUGUGACUUGAACAACUCUGCCGUAUAGUUACUGCUGUUUGCUGUUGGGGUUCGUCUGUGUCUUCCUGUUUUAUAAUAAAAUAAUGUGUAAAAUA